CAAAGGUUUGUUUUGGUAAAUAUACAAAACGCCGGUUCACAGUAGUGCAAUAGAAGAACAUUCGAAUCGAAGGUUCCUUUUCAUUUGAUUUACUCUCAGUGCAAUGGUUGAUAAAGUAUUAUUACGUUCGAAAUUUCGGGGAACCCUUCUCGGCUCCUUAAUUGGUGAUUGUUGUGGAGCCCCGUUUGAAGGUCAAUUGAUGGACAGUGGAUCAAAAUUGGUGUUGAAGAAAAACCUUGAUACGUUAGAAGGACCGUUUUUCAAAGCCCCGUACAAAAAAUUCACUGACGAUACUGCAAUGACAAGAUGUGUGGCGAAUACUUUGCUGGAUCCAAAUGGUUUCUCCCAGAAGCUUCUGGCGAAAAAUUUUGUUAAAGAAUAUUACAAAGAUCCUAAGCGUGGUUAUGGAGCAGCAGUUGUGGACGUAUUUGCUAAACUUCGCAUGAGUAAGCUUUCCGAUCCACUUGGACCAGCCCAAGCACAGUUUGGUGGAACAGGAUCAUAUGGUAAUGGGGCAGCGAUGAGAGUCGCACCUAUGGCAUUAUUCUGUGUAAAACACGAGAAAAAUCAAUUAGUGGAAUUAGUACAGCAGUCAUCUUCAGUGACUCAUACACAUAUACUUGGAAUCAACGGAGCAAUUUUGCAAGCAUUAGCUAUCAAACAGUGCCUUCUACUAGAUCCACGAGAAAAUCUGAAUAAAAAGGUAUUUCUUUCAUCUUUGAAGAAGGACAUAAAAGAGUUGGAACAAGUCAACGAUCCUGAUUUAGAUGACAAUUGUAAUGCCUAUGAAAAGCAACUUAAUGCAAUUGAACAACUACUGGACGGAAAAAUCGAUCCUAGUGAUGAAAAUGUGUUGAAUAUGCUUGGCCACAACGUUCAAGCCUUAUACUCGGUUCCCACUGCAGUCUUUUGUUUUUUGAAGUGCACAGCAGAAACAUUGGAAGAUACUGACCAAAACUCUUUCCGCAAUACACUAGAGUACGCUAUUUCCUUAGGAGGGGAUACUGACACAAUCGCUAGUAUGGCAUGCGCCAUCAGUGGAGCUUAUUUUGGAAGUACUGUUAUAUCAGAAAAUCUUAUCCGACAUUGCGAAGAUUCAGAAGGAAUAAUUAAAUUAGCUGACCAACUACUAGAGUUAUGAAUGUAGCAUUUUUUAUAGUUAUAG